UGCCUAAGAGAGGCUGACCUGUGGUCAGUUGGGGAGCGGGAAGCUCACUUCUGAUAGAUGGGCAAACCCCAGGGUUAUAGAGCCUUGCCUGUGUCUGUUUUCAUGGUGUUUAUUCAGCGCUGGCUGUUGUUGACCUGACAACGCCAAGGGAACCUGGACUUCCAGGCUUUGAACACCAGGGGGCGCUGCAAUGCAGCAGUGGUGCUGUUUAUUUUCAGAGCCUGAUUGCCUAGAAUUGCUUGUUUUGUAACAGUCACCUUGAAGCUUCUAAGAAAGCCUUCUGUUCCUGGGACAUACUGACUCAUGGGAUUCUUUAGAUAAUCAUUCUUUUCUGAGAAUGGAUUUGAUCUGGAAAUAACACAAAUGGUGUUGGAGCCAAAUCUGGUGAGGUAGGUGUUUUUUGAAAAGUCAAGUGAUUGUUUCUGCUUGACAGCUCUGAACCGAGACAGGCUUUCCCUGAUGGUUUGAGGAUUUGUUUUGGCCCUGAUCUCAAGAAGCGCCUCCAGUCUCUGAAGUAGUUGGAGGAGUCCAGAAAGAGUUAGGGGUCACCACGGUUCUCUGCCAUGAGUGUAGGCCUCCCUGCCCUGCCAAGUUCAGGGUGUUGACUUCAAGGAAAGCCAGAGUGGUAAUCAUGAAUUCUCUUCACCCCGUGGUUUCAGGUUGUGGAUCAUUAUGAAAACCCUAGAAAUGUGGGCUCCCUGGACAAGACAUCUAAAAAUGUCGGCACAGGCUUGGUGGGUGCUCCGGCAUGUGGAGACGUCAUGAAAUUACAGAUUCAAGUGGAUGAAGACGGCAAGAUUGUGGAUGCCAGGUUUAAAACAUUUGGCUGCGGUUCUGCGAUUGCCUCCAGCUCCUUAGCCACGGAAUGGGUGAAAGGGAAGACGGUGGAGGAAGCCUUGACCAUCAAAAACACGGAUAUCGCCAAGGAGCUCUGCCUGCCCCCCGUGAAACUGCACUGCUCCAUGCUGGCAGAAGAUGCAAUCAAAGCUGCCUUGGCUGAUUACAAACUGAAACAGGAAGGCAAAGGAGAGACAGAGGAGAAGUGAGCGGGCGGGGCUCCGGCCGGUCAGGCAGCCACACCCCACCCUGCACACCCACCUAGACGGGCAUGCACCCAGAUGCCCUCGGAAGCUGACACGCACACAGUAUCUGCCAUUCACAUUGUCACUGAUGCUGGCAAAAUGCACUCUCAAUUCUUCUGAAUCCCAUGGUUUCUUUCAGCAUACUCUGAUGGCCUUAAUGCACUUAGUGUAUAUUUUGAAUUCUGUAUAUGGGUUCAGAACUAGAAUCAGUCAUAAAUUUUGAUAACCUGAAAAGUGCAUAAAUAUUUAAUCUAACCUCAGUCUGUUUGAGGGAAGAUUACCAGCAGAAUGCCUUGUUUGAUUGUUUGAUAGGACUAGUUGUUGUACAUAGAACAGAUCUGCAUAUAUAUAUAUACACACACACAUAUAUACAAUAAUAAAAGAAUGUAAUGUAA